AUGUCAUACACCCGCUUCUUGUGGGCUAUCUUACUCGUGUCCAUCCUUAGCAACAUGUCUUCUCAUUCCUUAGCCCAAAAUUAUAAAUCGGAGGUAAAUCGGCCGAUGGUAAACUUUCACCCAGGCAUUCGAAGCAAUCGUUUCAUCAACUACACUCCUGAUGAUGAGAUAACCCGUGCCUAUAACCAGAAGCAGGUUGAAGAUUUGAAAGACGAAGUGAGGAGAGAGCAACUGGCAGCUGCUGGUAAGCCUUCACAGCAGCUGAACUUCAUAGAUGCAAUUCAAAGACUCGGGGUGGCAUACCACUUUGAAGAAGAAAUAGAAGAAGCAUUAAGACACAUCUGUGAUGACCACCAUUACAGUGAUGAUAAAUAUGAUGAUCUGUAUAAUGUUUCUCUCCGAUUUCGGCUUCUAAGACAACAAGGGUACAAUAUUUCAUGCGAUGUAUUCAACAAGUUCAAAGAUAAAAAUGGUAGCUUUAGGGAAUCUCUGAUUGGAGAUGUGCAAGGCAUGCUAGGUUUGUAUGAAGCUGCACAUCUCAGGCUUCAGGAAGAGGAUAUACUAGAUGAAGCACUUGCUUUCACCACCACUCACCUCAAGUCUUUGGUAAAACAUUUAGACCAUCCUCUUGCAGUACAAGUAAUCCAAGCCCUACACCAGCCCAUUAGGAAGGGUUUGGAGAGGCUGGAGGCAAGGCCUUACAUAUCCAUCUACCAAGAUGAAGCUUCACAUAGUAAAGCUUUAUUGAAACUUGCCAAGUUAGAUUUCAACCUACUGCAGUCAUUGUAUAAGAAAGAGUUAAGCCACAUCACCAGGUGGUGGAAAGAUUUAGAUUUCUCUUCAAAGUUACCUUUUGUCCGGGAUAGAGUGGUGGAAACCUACCUUUGGAUUGUCGUGGCAUGUUUUGAGCCCCAAUACUCAUAUGCUAGAAGAAUACAGACCAAAUUGCUUGUUCUAAUAACAGUGAUAGAUGAUAUCUAUGAUGCGUAUGGGACUCUUGAAGAACUUGAGCUCUUCACAGAGGCAAUUGAGAGGUGGGACAAUAAUGGUAUAGAAAAGCUUCCAGAAUACAUGAAGCCGUGUUACCAGGCUGUUUUAGAUGCCUACAAAGAAAUUGAGGAGAAGGAGAAUGAAGAAAGAUCAUAUUGUGUUCACUAUGCAAAAGAGGCAGUAAGAAUCCUUGACAUAUUCCGGAUGAAAAACUCUGUUCGAGCUUACUUCAAUGAAGCCAAAUGGCUCCAUGGAGAAUAUGUACCAACGGUAGAAGAAUACAUGGGCGUUGCACUAGUAAGCUGUGAUGUCCCCAUGUUCACAAUCAUCUCUUUUGUUGGCAUGGGAUUCAUAGCAACAAAGGAGUCCUUUGAUUGGGUGUUAAACGGCCCAAAGAUCGUCAGAGCUUGCUCCACAAUUAUUAGGCUCAUGGAUGACAUGGCUUCACACAAGUAUGAGCACAAGAGAGGGCAUAUUGCCUCUAGUGUUGAAUGUUACAUGAAGCAAUAUAGUGUCUCAGAGCAACAUGCAUACCACGAGCUUAAUAAGCAGGUUGAGAAAGCAUGGAAAGAUAUAAACCGGGAGUUCCUCAGACCUACUGCUAUUCCAAUGCCUCUCCUUACACGUGUUCUCAAUUUUGCACGCACUGGAGAUUUCAUGUACAAAGGUCGUGAGGAUAUAUUCACGAAUGUUGGAGAAGUGAUAAAAGAUAAUGUUGCUUCAUUGUUCAUUGACCCUGUGCCAAUCUAAGGCUAGCCCGAAGAUUUGUGACGCAAAUAGACUUUAUAGCUUCUACUUUAUUGCCUUUAUGGUUUCGGGCUCCUUUUUGUCUUGGUUUGUUUUGGAGAGCAUGAUAUAGGUUAUGAGUCCAAAUUCUAAUAGCUUAAACUUUUGGGAAACUUAGUUCUCCAACAUGAUAUCAUUUUGUUGUUUAGUACCAACU